AUGGGGGUGAAAAUUUCCCAAUGUGUGGUGGUUUUAUUCAACCCUCGACGUAAUAAACAGUCCCACAUCUUCAAUACCUCAAAGAAGACCAUCACCUCACUGGCCUUUUCUCCUGAUGGCAAACAACUUGUUACAGGGGAGAGUGGACACCAGCCGGCCGUACGGGUCUGGGAUGUGGCCGAGAAAACACAGGUGGCCGAAUUCCACGGUCACAAGUUUGGAAUUGUCUGUGUUAAAUUCUCCCCUUCCUUGAAAUACCUGGUGUCCAUCGGGUCACAACAUGACAUGAUGGUCAAUGUCUGGAACUGGAAAACAGGCACGAAAGUGGCAUCCAAUAAAAUCAGCAGUAAGGUGAAUUCCAUUGCUUUCUCUAAAGAUGGCUCCAUGUUUGUGACUGUUGGUAAUCGCCAUGUCAAGUUUUGGUAUUUAGAGAGCAGUAAAUCCAGGAUAAACGAGACAGUGCCACUGCAGGGGAGGAACGGUAUCCUUGGAGACCACAAAAACAAUUAUUUCUGUGACGUAGCCUGUGGACAAGCGGUGUACGCCAUAACCCAGACCGGCCUACUGUGUCAGUUUAACGACAAACGACAGCUGGACAAGUGGGUGGAGCUACGGACCACUAACGCCACCUGUGUUUCGGCUGGAGAGGACCAUAUAUUUAUUGGCUGUGCUAACGGUGUGGUCAGGAUAUUUGACGCCGUCAAUCUGAAUUACGUGGGGACCAUGCCCCGGCCCCACCAGUUGGGCGUAGAUGUAGCUUCAGCUCUCAGUCCCAGUCAGCUGAUUUCGCAGACGGAGGAUGCCAAGUUUCCAGACACUAUUGCAGUCAGUUACGAUGAUGCUCAUAAAAAGGUGACGUGUGUAUACAACGAUCACAGUCUGUAUAUAUGGGACGUUCACGACGUGAGGAAAGUGGGCAAGUCUUGGUCCUUCCUCUACCACAGCAGCUGUAUCUGGGGGCUAGAGGUGAACCCUGCGACGACAGAAGACGUACGACCCGUGCUGCCCUCUGCUUCUUUUAUGACGUGUUCCUCGGACGACACCAUUAGGAUCUGGAAUCUGGAUCCACACAUGGUGGAAACUGAGUGUAGUAAACGGAACGUCUACUCUAAUGAAUUACUGAAGGUGGUUUAUGUGGAUCCAACCUUAACCUUCCUAAAAGAUGUUAAUUACAAUCCAGCUGGAGGGACAGAUAAAACAGACACAAAUUAUGAUGGAAAAAAUGGAAUACGAUCGAUUGGGAUAAGUCCAAAUGGACGUCAUCUGGCCUCUGGUGACAGAAUCGGGAACGUGAGGGUUCAUGAUUUGAUGAACAUGCAGGAGCUGAUGAAAAUAGAGGCCCACGACCAGGAAAUUUUAUGUGUUCAAUACUCAAAUCUUAAAACAGGUCCCCAGCUGUUGGCGUCGGCCAGUAGGGAUCGUUUAAUUCACGUCUUUGACGUAGAGCAGGGAUACGGUUUACUUCAGACUCUUGACGACCAUUCCAGCUCUGUUACUGCCAUUAAGUUCACGGAGAACGACGAACAAAUAAAGAUGCUCAGUUCCAGUGCCGAUAAAUCUGUUCUCUUCCGUAACGCUCAAACAACUCCAACAUUCCAGUUUGUUCUUGCCAGUCAACAUGUAGUCGGUAACAACAGUUUAUAUGAUAUGGACAUUGAACCUUCUGAGAGAUUCAUGGCAACUGCUUGCCAAGACAGAAACAUCAGGAUCUACAACAUCAAGACGGCCAAACAAAAGCAGUGUUACAAAGGGGCGGUGGGGGACAACGGGGUGCUGUUAAAGCUGCAGUUAGACCCGUCCGGUCAGUACGCGGUCACCAGCUGUACCGACAAGAGCCUGUGUCUGCUGGACUUUAAGACUGGGGACCCGCUGGCCACCAUGUUUGGUCACUCGGAGCUGGCCACGGGGGUCAAGUUCAUGCCCGACCUGAAGCGUCUAGUGUCGGUGUCCAGCGACGGCUGUAUCUUUGUCUGGAGACUGCCCCCCGAGCUGACCGAGUCCAUGCGAGGCCGCCUGGAGGAGAUGGGGAGACUUCCGUUUGAGGCCAUCAACGGGGAAAUUAACAGGAAGCGAGAGAAUUAUGAUGAGAUUCUAGGAAGAGCCCCUUUGUUCCCUAACGAGCAGGUGAUUAAGACGCCCACAAAGAUUCUGGAGGAAUUACAGAAACAGAGGGAGGAGGAACAGCCCGACUUCAGGUACAGCGUGGGACCACUGCCUAACUGGGCCAAGGUCAAGAUGGGAGAGAACAGUAACACAAAACAAAAACCAGACAGCAAACCACUUCCCCGAGGCCGAUGGGCGAGUAGAGUAGAGAGUGUGGAGGAUCUUAGUCAGUUAGAGAUCGUGGAGAGUCGCGAUGACCAGAAGGCCCAGAAAGUCAGACGAGAGACCGUGAUUCUGAAGCAGGCUGAGAAUACACCAAGAAAAAUUCCCAGAAUUCCUAGCAAGGAUGAUGAUGAUGAUUUCUUCUCCAGAAAACAGAAGGAAGAAAAUAGCUCGUCCGAUGAUAAAGAUCCUCAGUGGCGUCGUCUGUCGUUUCAUCGCAGCCAGGACGACCUGGAUGACCUUGAAGAGGAAUCCCCUGAGGUCAUUUAUUACCCUCCCAGCGAGGCCUCGGUAGAAACUAACAGCAGUUCCUUCACGGUGUUCACGGGUCAGGGGGUCAGGAAACUCCCCCGGGGGGCCAGUAGAUCCUCCCUGUCAGAGAGAACCCUGGACGCUGAGUCUUCCAGUACUGACCCUGUAUCUGUGGAGGAACUUGAGGAUGAAGAAGAGUCCGGAGACGCGCCGUCCCUCCCCACAACCCCCGGGGACGACCUCUCGGCCCAAACCCCUCUCAGGGAAAAAUUCCUGAAGGACACGUUUGAGAACCUGAGUUUUACGCCUGAGCACAAGGAGAGAUUUCAGAAGAGUCUGGACGAUGAAGAGAAGAAGAGGGAAGAGGAGGAAGAUCCAAACGGAUUCAAUCCUCGACUGAGCAUCUCGUCCAGAUUCCUGUCCCGGGCACAGCAGGCCAACAUCAGGAACAUCUCGGUGUAUAACAGUGUCCAGCGACAAGACAACUGGUUUGAUUCUCUGCAGAAGAGGAAAGACGUAAUGGCCCGAGCUGUCGAUGAAACGCGGAAAACUCUGAUGGCCAUGGGCUGGAAAGACCAGAGUCCGGAGUCCGAGGCCGAUCCUCAACACAGUCCUGUACAGGAAGUUGCUGAGGUCAGAAGGUCACUAGAAAGAGAGGACAUUCCUUCCAGCCCUCGUACGCCGACAUCUCUUCGCAGAUGUUGGUCGACCUUUGACCUUCCCAAGCAGCCAAUCCAGGAGGAGCAUCCGGCCUCUGACCCCUGCACCGUUCACACCCCCACCACAAAGGGUAACCCUCGCAAUGUACAUUCCUCACCACCACAGUGGCGUAGCAAGAUACCCACCCCUCAGUCUCUGUCUAGAUCCACCACCCAGUGCGGAUCAGCUCUCACGAGUGACAGUGAUGAGUCAUCCUCGGGCGGUCGACCCGCUCGCAGGUCACGACCCAACACCCUGUCCCUUAGCCGCGAGGAGAGAAAGAAACUGGAGCCCCGAUCUCAUUCCCAGAGUUCCACCUACAGGAAGCAGACGUUAAGUUCACAAUCCCGACUGUCCUCAGACCGCAAAGAGUCGGGGCCCCAGCUAAAUAAAAGUACGUCAAUGACAAACCUGAACAGUAAAAAACAGAGCACGAAAUCUAAAUCUAAUAAAACAUUGACUAAAUCUGCUGCGUACGCCUCUACUCCAAAUCUGGCAGCAGCAGCCUUCAGCGAUACGUCGGAGGACUGGGAACCAGAGAACGGAAUCGUCAGUGGUAACCUGUCAAACAGCGUGCCAGAUCUGUUAGACAACGCGCCACAAAAACUCAAGGCUAAACGAAGUGAUGUUAAAAAACUACUGCCUGAAACCAAAAGGUUCUCAACAGGAACGCCGAAAAAGACAGGUUCCGCAUCAGAUCUUAGCAAGAGGCCGGCCCGAAUGUCUCUACCAGGAAAACAGAGUGAUAAGGAACUGAUGCCCCCGCCCAACACAACGAAUGUGAAUGUGACAAAAUCCAAACAUAGUUUGUUUAUAAAGCGGGCUACGCGAUCUCAGACUCAAAACAAACAGGAACUGACACUGGAUCAGGCUAAAAACAUUCUGAAAGGAAAUUCAGGGAUUCUGCCUCAGAAACAAGGAUCCAAGACUCCAGGAAGUGAAAAUCUCAGGUCUGCCACUGCCAGCAAUAGAUCCAUUCCUAAAGUGACCUCACCCCCUGUACAUCUGUCCAGCAACAUUCUACAGAUAACUACAGAGAUUGAGAUGACAGCUGAGGAGCUCAGGAGGCAGAAGAUAGAGUCAGCCUUCCAGGACUUGUCCGCAUUAGACGCCAGUCCAAACGAUUUACCGGAGAAAGACUACACCCCUCAGAACCCCAACUCUUCAGUGACUUCCCUAACUUCUGUGUCCUCCCUUCCCAGCUGUAGCAGUCAGUUAUCUCCCCCUGACUAUCUCGCCACCGCGACUCAUUCAGACGCUCGGAUGAACGACUCCUGGGCCAGCACGCUCACCAGUCACUCUGAUAAUGAGCUGGACGAUACUCCUUCCAAAAGCAUCAAAGAAAGAAUAGCUCAGCUGACGUCGCACUCCAGCCCUCAGGGGACGUCUGUCAGUGUUAGCGGUAGUCCAUCCUCUGUAGCGAUGUACUCCCCCGGAUCUAACACCAGUCAGUACAGCUCAGGGGUGGGCUCCAGUUUAGACUCCGAGACAGCCACCAGAAUGUUCCAGGGCAUCAGUCCUCCCCGAAACUUUAACAGUGGGCAGGAAAAUAGCUACUCCCUGGAACACCCACAGAAUGUCUCGUCUCAGUCAUCAAACACGCAUCUGACCUCAUCCACGGAAACGACCCCCUCAAGUCAACCUCUGACCUCAGCCAUGGAAACGACCCCCACCAGUCAUCAGACCCCCUACACCCCCAGCAGAUCCACCUCAGUGUCUUCAUCACGGUCCACCAUCACCCCCUCACCUAAACAGAGCCCCAGGAAAACGGACGACCUACAAACCAGCAUGGAGGCCAUCAGAGAUCUCAAGAAAAUGGUAACCAUGGUGACAGAGACGUACAAAACACUACAAGACCAGAGCAAAGGAGCGGAUUCUGAGGGACUAAGUAUGCUGAGAGAGGCAAUAUCCGAGUGCUGCGCGGAACUGAACAGUGUCAUAGACAACAAGCCCUCCUCAGAGACAAACAAUGUGAUCCUCCCCACCCAGUACUCGGAAAUCAAAGCCCUAAUUCGUCAAAAUCAUCAAAUUUUAGUUAAUAAUCAACAGAUGCUGAAAUCUAUAGUGCCAAAGUAAACUUAAAAUUGUGACUUGUCAAAGUGACCAUUACAUCGACACAGUGACCAGUGACUGCUUCAUGUAGGUUGACACAGUAAGAAAGUGAGCAUGUCACAUUGGUCAUUUCUUGUGAUGCUAUUUUUUGCCAAAGCCAGUGCUUUCCUGUGCUUAUUUUCCGACGAGCACAUAUCACAGAAAUUGAUUCCACGUGUCUAACUGUGCCUGAAUUAUCAGGAGUUCCAGGGAGUUGUGUGGAAUUAAAACAAGUCUUUCUUCUCCAUAUGUGGAUUUCAUGUAUAUUUUAUGGUGUCGGUUUUGUUCAACUCAUUAAGUGGCUUUACAAUAUUUUUUGAGAUUUAUGUGCAUUAUGGUUGUUAUAUUCCAUUAUGUGAGUUUAUAAUUCCAUGUGAUGCUUUUGGCAUUAUGUUUUUCGUGUCUUUUAAUUGUGUUCAUAAUUAAUUGUUAUAUCUGUGACAGAGUGACCACUGUUAAUGGCAGAAUGGUUGCCAUGCCGACAUAUCCUUCACUGGUUGUGACGUUAACACUGAUGUAUGUGUCUAGUCAACAUUCUGUCUCUAUAAACAAAAACCAAGUCUCUUUUUUAUCCUAGAAUAACGGUAUAGACGGACCACCCAGGGCCUAUAGUGGUCUUAUACAAGGAGUAGCCAACAAUAGGGCACCCAGCUUCUCUCGGAAUUAGAAAAAUAAUGUCUGAUAGGAUUUAUUAUUUGUGGUAGAAAAUUAAUCAUGCUGUAGAUUCUAUCUAGAGAGACUUUAUGUACAUGCUCUGAAAGAAACAUCUCUCAACAUUACUGUACAAUGGUUAUUAUGGUAACGUUGUAAAUUGUUAAGUGCUUAUUAAUAUUCUAUUUUUUUUCAAAAUCUAAACUUAUUAUUGAUUAUUAUUUGAAUGAAUUUUUUUUUAUAUUCUACCUCUUGUUUUUUUGCAUGUAUAUGUGGUUGUAAUCUCCAGAAAACAAAGAACAUUAACUCUUGCUAGAUACAUGUAUGGUUGAGUUUACGAUUUAAAUAUUUUUUUCUUUGUAUAUUGAAGAUAAUUAUUUUAAAUUUAAACAUGAACUAUGUGUGGAAUGGAAUUGUCCAACAUUUCAGGCACUUGAAUCCAUACUUGACUUCUAUUUUUGCUAUCAACCAUAGCCUCAUCAUAUCUUAGUGGGGGAAAAUGAUCUCAAUGUUAAAGUGAAUGCUAUACAUUCCAUAUAUAUCUCGAUUUGUUGAACAUACAGAAAAUUUCAUACCCCAAUAUAUUACUUUCAGCUCUUUUGUUAAUGUGAAAGCAAUUUUCAAUAGGUAUUUAAGCAUGACAUAACAUUAUUUGUUCCAGAAUCAUUAUCUUUUUCGUAACUAUAUGUAUAGAAUUAUUUUUACUGCAAAAAAUUGUUUAAUCAUUUUGGUACACCUGUACUAUUAUUUGAAUUACUGAAACUCAGUUAACGGUAUGCAAAAAAAAAAUCAAUUCAAGGCAUAAUUGGAAGACUUUGGUUGUGCCAUAGUGUUGAUAAUUGGAUACUAAGUAGAAUGAACAUUUUCAAAGUUGAUCAAUUGUCAAAUUUUGUACAAAAUCCUCUAAUUCAUCAGAAUAUGAAGUGCUUGUAUUUAUAUAAUGACAAUAAUUCUCAUUCUCUAUGCAAAUUUGUUGACAAAUUUGUUAUAAUAAAAUUAUCUUAAUAUUA